AUCCUCGCUCGACCUUGGGCAGCCAAUUUAAAAGAUCCACAGAGAAAGGACAUCGCUUUCAUCCUAUCCGCAUCUCGCAUGACGAAGGCGGGAACGAAAAUCGCUCUUGAACGGCUCAAAUCUGUACUGCCGGUUUUUUUUGGUGGACAGCGAAACAGUUAACGACAAGCUUUUAUAAUCGGCCAACUCAUUUUUUGGCGCAUCAUUCAUCGAAGAAAAUUAUUUGCCCUGCAAGCUGAACAUUGUCGCCAAUGUUUUGACUUAGGCAACGAACUCACUUUGGCUUCCAUAUUUUGCGCGACUUAUUAACCCCACUUAUCUUGAAGCCGCCAUCAACAAUCCACUCUCGUUGUCAUGUGUAAAAUGUCUUUACAAGGACAAUACGUACGUCGUUUCCAGACGUCAGCAAGAUCAGAAGAGCUAUACGUAUGCGUUUUCUGCCAGGAAUCGUUUCCGAUCACUGAACAAUCAACUUUUAAAACACAUGUUGAAAACAUGCAUUCAAAUGAAGUGGAGAGGUGCAGGCAAGACCCAAACUUUGAUCUAGAGUCAUGGCACGAGGCAGUUAGGAGCCGCUCAAGGACCGUCAGGUUGUUUUCGUCGGAACAAGAACAAGACGAGUCGAGCAACGUGACCGAGAUGUUGCAAGAUGCCGCUCCUCGGUCCUCAAAAUCGGAAUCCAGACCAGAUGCAAAGAGGAAACCAACAACUCAUAGAAAGCUUGCUCCAAGAAGCGAUCAGCGUGGACAGCCUGGGGAUCCCGGAGGAGGCUCAAGUCACAAACGACCAAGAUCGUCCGAAGACCAGCACGUUCGAACAACUCAGUCAAAAUCUAGUCAACGUCGAGCUAUUCCGCCAAAUGAUUCCAGCCAAGAAGUCCAAAGCCGCUCUAUUGCAUUCCAAGGCAAUUGGGGGACGGAUGGGCAACCUACCCGCACACUGUUUAAUCCGGUAGACGCGUCAGUCAUAGCUACUGCAGGCCAGGUCACACUGCCUUCUCGUUCGGCCGAAUCGAAGCCUUCUGAUAAGAGGCAAAAGUCGCCCUCCUCCACAGCCGCAGCGGCCUCUAAGCCAACUUCGAGCAAUCUAGAACGAGGAGUACUGCCCGUGCCUAAUGUUCUUAAUGCACAGGCUCCGCCAAAAGAGCGUGGCAUUUCCAUGCCUGUCGAUCCUCGUUGGCCAGAUAUGCUUCUUCAACCUGAUUCUCGACCGAUAUCACAGGAGCAGUUGGCUGCGGAGGUAAAGUCGAUCUAUGCAGGGCUCACGAUGGUCGAGAGCAAAUGCAUUCAUGUGGAUAAAGCGCAGGCUCAGGCUAUGAGAGAUAACGGGACUCGAAUAAGUGAUGACCACUGGCAAGCGUUGAUCGCACUUCAUCGCACGCUUUUGCACGAGCAUCAUGAUUUCUUCCUAGCUUCUCAACAUCCCUCUGCGUCACCCGCAUUGAGGAGGUUGGCUAGUAAGUAUAGUAUGGCUGCUCGAAUGUGGAAACAUGGUAUCCAUUCUUUCCUCGAGCUGUUGCGAUAUCGCCUACCUGACUCAUUCGAGUUUAUGGUCAGUUUCAUUUACACAGCUUAUCAAAUGAUGAGUUUGCUGUAUGAGACUGUGCCAGCAUUCAAGAACACAUGGAUCGAGUGCUUGGGCGAUCUUGGGCGCUAUCGUAUGGCAAUCGAGGACGAGGACUUCAGGGACCGUGAGAAUUGGGCCAAUGUGUCUCGUUUCUGGUAUUCGAAGGCUGCUGAUCGAUCGCCGGAAGUUGGACGUCUCUACCACCAUCUCGCAAUCCUAGCACGCCCCAACGCACUUCAGCAGUUGUCACUCUACGCCCGCUCUCUGAUCUCCGUGCAGAUUUUUAAAAGUGCUCGAGAGUCGAUCUUGACGCUAUUCAAUCCUAUCCUUGCACGAUCGGACACGAUCUCCAAUCAGAUCUCUUCGCUCGACAUGAACUAUGUAAAAGCACACGCGAUUCUCUUUACUAGAGAGCACCUAAAUGACUUUGAAGAAUGCCACAAUCAUGUUGUUGAGCUUUUAGAUCAGCAUAUUGGACAUGUAACGGCCAAAUGGAGAGAACAAGGAGCAUGGGUCAUAAUUGCACUUCUUGGGGCUCUUUUCGACUACGGCAAUGACUCUCCUUUGCGGCGCAGCUUCGAUAUAGGAUUUCACAAACUCGAACAACAAGCUCGUACCACUUCUGAAGCGAGCGACUCUGCUACUAUUCUCGAUUCACAACAGAUUCCUGCAACUGAUGGAGACAUUGCGAUGGACGACUUGAAGGUCCCAGACAUUACUGAUGAGGAGACACAAGUCGCAUUUAAAAAUGCACUUGUUCUCUACAAUUCCAUUGCCACAAUCGUGAUGCGACGUCAAGGUGACAAGAACGUUCUCCCGUUCAUACAUAUCAUGCUUGCCUUCCUGCUCUCACUAGCGAAGAUACGUUCACUCGACGCGCGUAUCGAAUCCGCAUACGUGGUAAAGGCUAUACUUAGUAGCAUACCUUGUCAAGAAUUAUGCGCGUUUCUUAACACACUUAACCGCACUGAUAAUGCGGAGGCUCGAUACGAAGUUGACACAUUUAUACGCCCAGAGAAAGAGAAUUCAGUUCCUCUUCCGGAAGAUUAUUUGAUACGCGGACAAGUCUGGAGCCAGGAUUAUUUCCCUGCUGAUUUGUUCAGGAGUGGAGCGUCCGACGAUGAGGAGAAGAAUAUUGAGCACGCCUCAACAAUGAGAAUACGAACGGAACGCGUUCUCAAUCUUGCAUACCGACUAUCACUUCAGAAAAACUUGAAUAUAUCAUACGACUCAAGAACGAGGAAAUUUUCGUGUGUAUCGAUUGCCCCAGUCCAUGAAGAUGCAUCUUUAUCGACCCUCGGAAGACAUUUGCAAUCCACCCCCGAGGACCUUCUCAUGCCUGGGAGCCAGUUUCACAUGGAGGAUACGAGUUCUGAUUCCGAGGAGGACUCCCCAGAAAACAAAUACCUCAAGCAACAACUUACGGAACAACUUGGCAAGCUAGCGCUAGCAGAAAGAGCUUCGCCCGCUUUUGAAAUGCCAGAAGAAGCCGAUGACAUCCUCAAGUGUUCCGUAACAUACAUAGUGUUCGAUGAGGCAUGUGUUCUUAGGAACCAAGACGUCUUUAAAAUGCUUGUCCAGCGAAAAUGGAAGAUCAUUGUUCCAAACAAAGUAAUCCAUGAGUUGUCGACCAUGUCGGCGACCACUUCGCCUGAAGCAAAGACUGCACUUGAGGCACUCGAACAAGUCCGCAUUGCCUACGCGAGCACAGAACUGAAGAUUUUGGACGUCAAAGGUACUGAUAUUACCAAACAAUAUUUGAGUUCCGAAAAGCAAUGGGACGGGUCCAACAAUGAGAGGAUGAGCGACACGGAUGACUCACAGGAGGAAUUGUUUGGAGUUACUAAACGUGCUACAGAACUUUCUCUUGAGGCCAAUGAGAUCCCUGCUCGAGCUGAGAACAGCAAAACCCGUCCAGCAGUCCUUGUGACCGAUAAUAAGAGAACUCGAGUUCGCGCCGCGAGAAACAAGCUAGCCGCUCUGGCCCCAAACGUAUUGAAGGCUUUCCUUGAAACAAAAACCAUGAAACGAAGUCCUUUAGCCAAAGACUCUCAAAUGGCCACACCGGAGCCAACAUGCGCAUCGCCGCGAUCUGGAGAUGGACCACACCCCCCCGCUGAGUCCUUGACAAGCGACAUCAUGGAAACAGAGCAAUGACAUAGGAAAAACAAAAUUAUCCGUCCGCCCCAAGGUUCCCUUUCAAUAUAUAAUGGGGAAUACCAAUCUAGCGGUCUUCCCAGAACCUUAUGACCGCCUUUGGUUCUCUCCAGCUGUCCAGGAACAAUACAAAUAAGAAUGCAUUCAUAGCUGAAGCUUCCCCCAGCGGAGUGAUUUAUUUGGAAUUCUUCUUGGUGCCUGGUUGAGAUCAAUUCAUCCCUUUAAACUCCAGUUGACUGAGACAGAAUUCGACCUGCUCAUGUGAUUACUGUCGUGGCGUAGGGUUAUGAUAGCCAAAAGACUCGGACCUGGGAGUCUUGUGGUGUUAGGCCGUCAAGAAACCAGUUUGGAAAAUCCUUCGAAGUGUGGAAACACAUGGUCGCUAACAAGGAUCUGCCAGGCGAGGAAUGUCCAAUACUAUUGCAACGUAUCUCUUGGAGGGCUAAAUAUCAGUCACAGAAUUGAGGGAACUUUGCAGUGGAUGGACCAGUCUGGCCGGUAGCAAUAUGGAGUGAGGGUGCCACAUUCCCUUCCGUUUCGACGAUAAAGACUGCGAAAAUCUCUGCAUUCUAACACCGUCAGGAUCUGGGACGCCACCAAAGGCCAGUACCUUAAGACUCUCGGGGAGCACAGCUGGGAAUGGUAUCAACUCGGUGACGUCGAGCAACAAGCGACGCGUCACGACCGCGUCAGCUGAUAAAACUGCUGGGAUAUGUGGCGCAUAUAUCUGUUACAUAUGAAGCCGAUCCAUCUCUUUGGUAAAAGCACAAUGCUCUUCUUUCAUUUGGUAAAUGCGCAUUGACAACUCAGAAAUAAUUUAUUGCAAAAGAAUUUGAAAACGGGAUUAAUU